ACGACAACAUUCAAUAUGGCGGCCCACAAGAUAACAUGUUUAGGGUUAAAUGCCCUUUAUUCUACUGUCUGCGCCCCAAAGCAGGCCCUGAGGAGCUGCUGGGGGGCGGUGGAGCAGGUGAGGAGUUACUACGUCGACUGGAGGAUGCUCAGGGACGUGAAGAGAAGACAGAUGGCUUUUGACUAUGCUGAUGAGAGGUUACGGAUCAAUGCACUGAGGAAGAACACCAUUCUACCCAAAGAGCUUCAGGAGGUGGCAGAUAAAGAAAUUGCAGCAUUACCAAGAGACAGCUGUCCAGUGAGAAUACGCAACAGGUGUGUGAUGACAUCCAGACCCCGGGGGGUGAAGCGGAGGUGGCGACUGAGCCGAAUUUUCUUCCGUCACUUGGCUGACUACAACCAGUUGUCCGGGAUUCUGAGGGCAAGGUGGUGACUGGGCGUCCGUUGGACUCUACAGUCAGAUUGUAUUAUAUGAAAAAAACAGACUUCUCAGAAGAGUACAUUUCCAUGUAACUUGAGAUCGCCAUGGAUGAAUAAAUAUUGUACAUAACUAA